AAAACUCUCAAUGUUCCUAACGUGCACGACGAACUCGGUUACCUUUCAAGGCUAUCAGUCCAUUUUCUCUUGCGAGUGUGAAGGUUUCUUUUGAAACGCAUCACGACUUUUUACCUGGUACAACCAGAUGGAAGGUAUGACUCGGUAGGCGGCGCAAGCACCUACCUUGGUGUUCAUUUCUUGGGUACUAUUACAGAAUAAAUCCAGGAAGAGGGCAGGGUAGUCGAUUUUGUGUUUGCCAACACGAUUUGCUGAAUCACACACAAACCCUUCCGCAUUGACAUGAAAGUCUGCCGUGGUCAGGUUGUGCGGCGAUAACUGUUUUUACUUUCUUUGGACUGCUUCGAAGUUUCUUAUGGAGCGGAACACAAACCCAGACAUCACUUUGUUAUAAUGCGUAAUAGAGGAAUGUACUUCAUGGUGCUUUUUGAAUAUUUUUUCUAACCCUUUCAACGGAAACAGGACGCUCAACACCAAUUAGCCACCGCUAAAGCUAGUUCAUGCUGUGCAUGUGACUAUUGACAUAAACUUUGGUUCUGUUUGUAGGUCCCAAAAGCUUCCAGUUACUCACCAGCAAUUCCACUGUUGUGCUGAAGAGUGCAAGCGAUGAAGCUUAGUAGACAAUUUACAGUUUUUGGCAGUGCCAUAUUUUGCGUGGUGGUAUUUUCACUGUACCUAAUGCUGGAUCACCUACAAUUAGACCAUACCAAAAACCCAAGCAACGGAGUGGGAAGAUUUCAGAAUGGCCAGCUUUCCAUCCUGCAAGAGAAGAUAGACCAUCUGGAGAGGCUGCUGGCGGAGAACAACGAGAUCAUCUCCAAUAUCAGGGACUCUGUGAUCAACCUUAGCGAGUCUGUGAAGGAUGGCAGAGUGAAUGCCGAGGUGGGGAACCUGACCCGAGGGUCCUACCCAGAACUCCUUCCCUCCCCCCCGCUGGUCGUUCCAAUUGACUCCGAAGACUGCCAGUUCGCCGCAAGACCUUACUCCAAGUCUGCAGAUGGGGUGCAGAUGCUUGAUGUCUAUGACCUGCUGACUUUCGACAACCCUGAUGGUGGAGUUUGGAAACAAGGCUUCGACAUCUCUUAUGAGCAGAACGAGUGGGACAAUGAGCCGCUGCAGGUUUUCCUGGUUCCCCACUCGCAUAAUGACCCUGGUUGGCUGAAGACAUUCGACGACUACUACCGGGACCAGACGCAACACAUCUUAAACAACAUGGUGGUGAAACUACAUGAGGACGAAAGGAGGAAAAUGAUCUGGUCUGAGAUUUCAUAUUUCUCCAAGUGGUGGGACAACAUUGAUAACCAGAAGAAGGACGCUGUCAAAAGCCUGAUCGAGCGUGGCCAGCUGGAAAUCGCCACCGGAGGAUGGGUGAUGCCGGACGAGGCCAGCACGCACUAUUUUGCGCUCAUCGACCAGCUCCUGGAGGGACAUCAGUGGUUGGAGAAAAACCUAGGAGUUAAACCAAAGACUGGUUGGGCAGUAGACCCUUUUGGACACUCUCCUACCAUGGCCUACCUGCUGAAACAAGCUGGGUUAUCCAACAUGCUUAUCCAGAGAAUACACUACUCGGUGAAGAAGCACUUCUCUACACAGAAGACACUGGAGUUCUUCUGGAGACAGAACUGGGACCCAGACUCCAGCACAGACAUCCUGUGCCACAUGAUGCCCUUCUACAGCUACGAUGUCCCCCACACCUGCGGCCCUGAUCCCAAGAUCUGCUGCCAGUUCGACUUCAAGAGGCUCCCUGGGGGGCGGAUUAGCUGUCCCUGGAGGGUUCCCCCGCAGCCCAUCACCGACGCCAACGUCCAGCAGAGGGCACACAUGUUGUUGGAUCAGUACCGGAAGAAGUCAAAACUAUUCCGUACCAAGGUGGUACUGGCACCCCUGGGGGACGAUUUCCGAUACACUGAAGCCUUGGAGUGGGACCAGCAGUUCCAGAACUAUCAGAAACUUUUUGACUAUAUGAACUCUCAUCCUGAAUUGCAUGUCAAGGCCCAGUUUGGCACUAUUUCAGAUUACUUUGCGGCGCUUCACAAAGCAGCUGGCAUUGAUCCAGUAAGGGGAAGCUCUCCAGCAUUUCCAGUGGUGAGUGGAGACUUCUUCACGUACGCAGACAGAGAUGACCACUAUUGGAGUGGAUAUUUCACCUCCCGUCCCUUCUACAAACGCUUGGACCGAGCCCUAGAGUCACACCUAAGGGCAGCAGAGGUUCUGUAUUCCCUUGCCUUGGCAAGCGUCCAGAAGUCAGGCAAAUUGAAUGAUUUCCCUUCCCUGGAGAAUUAUAAAUCAUUGACUGAGGCCAGACGCAAUUUAGGCCUGUUCCAACACCAUGAUGCCAUCACAGGAACCGGGAAAGACUGGGUCGUCGUGGAUUACGGUACCAGGUUGUUUCACUCCAUUUUGAAUUUGAAGAGAGUGAUGGUCAAUUCUGCUCACUGGCUGACGCUGAAGGACAAAGCAGCGUACAGUCACAAUCCCUCAACUCCUUUCUUUCAAAUGGAUGACAUUCAGCCAGCACAAGAUGCCUUGCCCCGUAAAACAGUCCUCAAGCUGGGAGCCAAGCCAAGGUCGCUGGUCGUCUACAACCCCACAGAGCAGGACAGGUCGUCCGUGGUGACCGUGUACGUGAACACGCCCAGGGUGCGCGUGCUCACCACUCACGGUCACCCCGUGGUGGCGCAGGUCAGCGCGGUGUGGGAGGAGUCCACCAAAGCCUCCAGAGAGGCCUUUCAGUUGUCCUUCGUGGCACAGGUGCCCGCACUGGGCCUGGGGGUGUACCAGCUGAGCGAGGCCAUGGAUCUCCGCACCGUGCCGGCCGACUACACCUUCUACAAGCAGGGGGGCGAGCUGUCCAUCAGCGGCACAGAGCCCUUCCGAGUGAGCAUCCCCCAGGACGGCUCCGCCCACCUUGCCAUCGAAAGCCCCUUCCUGAAGAUCUGGUGCUCCUCAGCAUCGGGGUUAAUGGAGAAAGUCAAAUACAAGGAGGAUGGCACGGAGCAUCAUGUCAAGGUGGAGUUUGCAUGGUAUGGAACAACCAGCAACCGAGACAAGAGUGGGGCCUACCUCUUCCUCCCUGAUGGGGAGGCUAAGACUUACUCUACCAUCAGCCCUCCUGUGAUAAGGGUAACUAAAGGAGUGGUGUUUUCUGAAGUUACAACAACCUAUGAACAUGUGAUUCACACUGUCCGUCUCUACAGCACACAAGGCGUGGAGGGCCAGUCUGUGGAGAUCUCCAAUACUGUGGAUAUAAGGGGGGAGUUCAACCGUGAAAUUGCAAUGAGGAUAACAUCAGACCUGAACACCAGCGAUCGAUUCUUCACAGACCUCAACGGUUUCCAGAUACAGCCCAGAAGGACGAUGGCAAAGCUGCCUCUUCAAGCAAACUUCUACCCAAUGACCACGAUGGCGUACAUCCAGGAUGCCCGUGUCCGGCUGACCCUGCUCUCCGCCCAGUCUCUGGGAGUAGCCAGCCUGAAAAGCGGGCAGCUGGAGGUCAUCAUGGAUCGGCGACUCAUGCAAGAUGAUAAUCGCGGACUGGGUCAGGGCGUCCAGGACAACAAGAUCACAGCAAACUCAUUCCGCCUACUUCUGGAGAGAAGGAAUCGUCUGGAUGAGAAGGAAAAAAGCCAGCCUUUGAGCUACCCAUCACUACUGAGCCACAUCUCUUCGAUGUACUUGAACCACCCUCUCAUUCCCAUGGCCGUCAGCCUGGACUUCGAGUCUUUCUCGCUUUCACCCUUCAGCCCGCUCGCGUUGUCGUUCCCCUGUGACAUUCACAUGGUCAACCUGCGCACCAUUCAGGCCAAGGAGGGGGCGGGCCCGUCGGAGGAAGCGGCCUUGAUCCUGCACAGAAGAGGGUUUGACUGCGAAUUCUCCAACAGGAACACUGGGCUACUGUGUUCGACCACACGGGGCAAGAUUCAAGUGGAGAAAUUGUUCAAUGAGCUGACGGUGCAGGGCAUCACACCAGUAUCACUGUCUUUGAUGCACACAUCUGACAGAGGGCGGGGCCAAAAGGAGAUCCAUCUGAAGCCAAUGGAGGUCAGCACAUACCGCGUGCAGCUGAGAUGAACCUGAAACCAAACGUGAAUGUGUCACAUGCCUGAACUGAGCUCCAUCCCUGUGUACAACACAGUCAUCGGAGCGUUGCAAAAGCUGCAAGGCUAUAUCUAUCUUUCAGGUAGGGAAGAUCAAAUCAGAUGGGAUUUAUCAAAAAGAGGACUCCCUAAGCUUCGUAGCUGAGUGCAAUAUAGAAUUAUUUAAACAUCCCUGCCCAGCACCGUCUCAGGUUCUGUUUUUCUCCUUUUUUUUCUUUUUUUGUUUGUUUUUUUUUUUUUUGUGCGGACACUUAUGCCACAUUUUCGUAGGAAAUUCACUGUGUUGGAAAAUACUGACCUUAUCCAGGGGAUCAAUUUGAAUUUUUUUCCUUUGGAAUGAGAGGUGAUCUUUGGAUUCCAUUUCAUAAAAUGAUGGCAGGGUCAUUCCUUGUCUUGACUUUGAGGAUGGUGACCUGGAAUUCCUCACAUUUUGCUAUUUAAGCAAAGUACACAUGAAGUUCAGUCCCAGAUCAUGUUCAGUGCAUUGAUUGAUUCUUCAUCGUGUCUUAAUCUGAUGGACAAUGAACAGUGUUUUUUUUCUCAAAAACAUCCAGCGUGGUCAGAAAUGGUUAUUGAUUCCAAGCCGGGUAAAUUUUUAUUGCUCCAAAGUUAUCUUGUGAAAAUUUCAAAUGUGCCUUAUUUCUCAAUUUCGUAAUGAAUCUCUUUUUGUAAGGAGUCUUUAUAUCUGGUCUUUGUAUCUUGGUGCCCUCAUGUUUUGAUGGAGUUAAGUGUCCCAUACAUUAUGCUGUUAAUGCAAAUGAAUGCAGCUGUUAACGUGUGAUCACAAUAAUCAUUAUGGGUCUAUUUUUGUGACCUUCAAAUGUGUGACCGUAAUCCUGUUUGUUGCUUUACACAAUUUGUCAAAUCAGGUGUAAUUCAUCAUUUACCAAGGAACCACGUUUCCAAUGGUUACCUGUGUUAUAUCUGCAACUAAUGCCAUUUCUUCAAAUGAAAAAUUCCGUAUUCGUCUUGUUUAGGAAGAACUGGCAGACAGUGUUUGGAAAUGCUCUCAGAAUUCCUGUUUUUAUAGAUAAAGGCUAACAGAGCAGUGGAUAAAUGGUAAUGGCUAAAACAAGCUGAUAGCCUCUCUGAAAGGAUACUCUGCUGUAAGGUAACCAUCUUGUGUGUUUGGACACCAAUUCAAAUCUCAGCUUCUGUCAAUGUACCUUUGUAAUACCAGCUGAACCUUUUCAAUGGAAAGUACCUUGGGAAUAUGUCACCUGCAGUAUUGUAGCAUAGGAAGUGUACCAGGUGGGUAAUUAUGAGGUUGCAUGACAGAAAAAAUGUAGCCAGCACUCUGGGGCCAGAGUUUCUCGGCCUUGGUGUAGUAAGGCAAGGCUGUGAAAGUACUGACAUUCAACAAUGCUAACCAUGAAAUGUCACAACAUCAUCUUGUGAAAGGCAAAAGAUAUCAAAAGUCAAAUAUGAAAUUGAAUAAAAUUCCAAUAAAAUGAAAUGACCAGCCAUAGAGCAUCAAUUGUUUAUUAAUGUUUUUUCCAAAACCAGUAAAAUGCACAAUUGAAACUGAUUGGGGUGAAAGUAAAGGUGUUAAAGCGUUCACAUUCUUCCGGCCCGGUUAAAAAUGCAUAUAACAAGCUUAUCCAUACACAAGUAAAUUGUUGCAAGAUUCAGACAGUGAGCCAUGGAUUCCAGUAGUUACAAUAAUAUUGAGAGAUGAACAAUGAAACUAUCACUCUAAUUCUCUGUGAAGUUGUCUACAUUAUUUCAACUAUUACCAUUUCAUUUUAUGAAAAUAACUGUGCCAUGGAAUAACGUCUUCAUCCUUAAAUUAG